CAGAGGGAGGCUGUGAGUAUAAAAGGGCAGAUCAGCUGUCGGGGGGUCACACUCUCAACUUACCCCGACGCUCUCCGCUCUGCACGGCCACGACAACCAAGGGGAGACUAAACAUCCUGCAGAGAUGGCAAAGGUUUUCAAGAAGACCAGUGGAAAUGGAGGGCUGACGCUCUACCUGGGGAAGAGGGACUACGUGGACCACGUGUCCUCUGUGGACAAAGUCGAUGGCGUGGUCAAACUGGACACGGCGGACUUUGGGGACAGAAAAGUGUUCGUGCAGCUGGCCUGCGCCUUCCGCUACGGCAGCGACGACCUGGACGUGAUGGGCCUGUGCUUCAGGAAGGACAUCUGGGUGAACCACGUCCAGAUCUACCCCGACGGCACCAAGCCCGCCCUGACCGCCAUGCACGACACCCUGAUGAAGAAGGCCGGGGACAACGCGCACCCCUUCACAUUCGAAAUCCCCAACAACCUGCCGUGCUCCGUGUCUCUGCAGCCUGGACCUGACGACCAGGGGAAGGCAUGCGGCGUCGACUUUGAGGUCAAAACUUAUCUGGCCAAGGAGAAGUCCAACCCCGACGAAAAGAUCGAUAAGAAGGACACCGCUCGUCUCAUCAUCCGUAAAAUCCAGUUCGCCCCCUCCGAGGUGGGAGCCGGGCCCAAGGCCGACAUCUGCAAGAGCUUCAUGAUGUCCGACAAGCCCGUUCAUCUAGAAGCUUCCAUGGAGAAAGAUCUUUACUUUCACGGUGAAUCCAUCCCUCUCAAAGUCAAAAUCAACAACGAGAGCAACAAAACCGUCAAGAAAAUCAAAAUCAGUGUGGAACAGACCACAGACAUCGUCCUCUACUCAGCAGACAAAUACACCAAGAUCGUUCUUUCCCAAGAGUUUGGGGAGACGGUCGACCCCAGCGGCACCUUCGAUAAAACUCUGAGCAUCACGCCACAGCUGAGCGACAACAAGGAGAAGAGGGGACUGGCUCUGGACGGGCGACUGAAGGACGAGGACACCAACCUGGCCUCCACCACCAUGCUGCGACAGGGUGUUGAGAAAGAAGUGCUGGGCAUCCUGGUUUCCUACAAGAUUAAAGUGAACCUGAUGGUGGCCGGCGGAGGCCUGCUGGGCGGCCUCACCUCCAGUGACGUCACAGUGGAGCUGCCGCUGAGACUCAUGCACCCACAGCCCGCAGAGUAAAAACAACACAUCCACCAUCUUGAGAGAAGACUUCCCCAUAGUAAAGAGGAUGUUACCACGGAGGUGGAGGAGAGACGCACAGAAAGAGAAGAAGACACAACAAAGGAGAAGAAGAAGAGGAAGAGGAAGAGGAAGAGGAGGAUGAGGAGGAGGAAGAGGAGGGGGAAGAAGAACAGGAGGAACACCACUGGACAGAAACCAGCUGAAGACAAAGAGCUUUUCAACACACCAGCGACAUCCAGAUGUAACAUCAGACUCCUCGUUCUCAUUUAGCUCCAGUCACUUUUCUGUAGGAGGAGUCUUUAGAUCAUAUUCAACUUUUAGACGCCACACAAACAAACACACAUUAAUAGUCAUUCAUCUAUUUAUAGAACAUGAACUAGGAAUUCAGAGGGAAGCCAAUAAAAGCCACUGUGAUUCAACCAUGGUUCACUUGAAACUUUCUUUCUGUGAAAUGGACCAGAAAUGACUCUGGUUGUAAAAAUAUCCCGAAAUAAUAAAAAAUGCUUUUAAAAAUAAAAA